CUUAUCAGUCCUCAGGACCAGGUCCAGGCAGGCGGGACCAAAUGCUUUCAAUUCUAUUACCACAUGUAUGGAUCAACUACGGGUGAUCUUAGGGUUUAUGUAGCCAGAGCUUCGGCAGACUUACCGAUAGGAAAUGAGACUUGGAUACGGUCUGGGGAUCAAGGGAAUCAGUGGAACCUGGGACAAAUCGACAUCACUAGACCAGAUUCAGAUCCAUUUGACGUAACAAUAGAAGCAUAUAUCACAGGAACCUAUUAUGGUGACACAGCAAUCGAUGACGUCAGCAUAUCAGCAGGUUUCUGCGCCGGAGUUGUGGUGACUCCAGCACCUUCUGCGAUUCCAUCUUUAACUGAAUGUGACUUUGAGAACCCUAAUAUAUGUGGGUACUGGCAAGAGAAUGUAACAGAUGACUUGGAUUGGUAUCGAAACAGAGGACCAACAGGUUUUAAUACAGGACCAUCUAAUGACAACACAUACGGAACAGAUUCAGGGCAUUACAUGUACAUAGAAUCAUCAGAUAGGGAUGGGGACACCGCACAACUCUGUUCCACUCCAUUUUCUGCACAGGGUGGUCAUUGCAUCGAAUUCUUUUAUCAUAUGUGGGGUGAAAACAUGGGUACGUUGAAUGUCUACGCGCUCCAAACCGGAAGUGACGUCAAUAGCUCUGUGCCUAUUUGGUCAAGAUCAGGUGAUCAGGGAAAUGACUGGAACAUGGCCAGAGCAGAUGCUUCGGGUAUCGUUGGAGAUUUCCAGAUAGUUUUUGAAGGCAUCAUCGGUGAAGACACAUCGGACAUAGCUAUUGAUGAUGUGAUCGUAUCUGAGAAUACGUGUCAAGAACAAGGUGACUGUACAUUUGAGAGUGAUAUGUGUACAUGGACCAAUGAAGAUGAUACUGAUGAUUUUGACUGGAUUAGACAACAAGGAGAUACAUCAUUAGGGCCAACCUUUGAUCAUACACUCGGCAGUGCUGCAGGUCACUAUAUCUUCAUGAAUGCUGACGGACAAUCCCCUGGCAAGACUACACGAUUAUCAUCUAACAUGUACCCAAGACACCUUGGAACACGACGUUGCAUUACUUUCUGGUACUUCCUGGAAGGGGUCAAUGUUGGGUCACUUCUGGUCACUCAGAUGACCAAUGAAGAUGGAGAUAUUGACCGCUGGUUGGUUGGUAGUACCCAAGGAUCGCAGUGGAAUUAUGGUCAAGUGGCUGUUUCUCAGGACAAGGAUUACUGGGUGAUAUUUGAAGGCAAGGUAGGAUCCUCUUCCGUUGGGAGUCUUGCAGUGGAUGACAUCGCUAUUAGAGAUAAUGGAUGCCGAGUGAUACCACAUGGUGCAGAGGUGGGUCCGCCGCUACCCUCCACUGUGGCCCCGCCCACCACUGCGCCCCCAAUCACCAUCCCGGCUGGUCCAGCUAAUUGUGACUUUGAGGCAGGGAUGUGCGCUUACACACAUGACAGUAAUGGAGACUUUGAGUGGAGCAGGAGGAGGGGGGUUACUGACACCCCAGAUACCGGUCCUGAUACCGACCACACACACCAAGGUGCAAUAGUUAAUGCUGGUUGGUACAUGUAUACUGAGAGUGACUUCCGAACCAAUGGUGAUACGGCUCGACUGAUCAGUGAUGAGUUCACUGCUGUUAAUGAUUCAUGCUUUACAUUUUGGUAUCAUAUGUAUGGGAGUGAUAUUGGGACACUCAAUGUGAGGACAUCAGAUAAUAGAUUUACCUGGACCAGGACUGGAUCACAGGGAAAUAAAUGGCUGCCUGUUAAGAUGAAUAUCGACACCACUAUACAGCCUAUAACGUUGAUAUUUGAAGGAGUAAUGACAGGUGGAGUAAGGGGAGAUAUAGCUAUUGAUGAUAUACAAGUUGAUGACAGGGCUUGUAAUGCAGAAUACUUUUGUGAUUUUGAGACUGGGCUUGAUGGUUGUGGCUUUCUUCAGCAUGAACUACAUGAUGAUUUUGAUUGGUCGGUUGGGUUUGGGGAAACACCUACUCGUCUAACUGGGCCAUACAUUGACCAUACAACUGGCACAAUGACAGGAUACUAUGCAUUCAUAGAAGCAGACAACCAGCAACCUGGCUCAAGGGCAUGGCUAAUUACUCAUAAAUACCCUGGAACGGGAGUACAUUGUGUAAACUUCUACUAUUACAUGUAUGGGGAUAAUAUAGGCACACUCAGCUUGUUCUAUAUAAAGGCAAGAGAAUGGGGCAUUCUCAAUGACGCUCUUUUCAAUGACAGGAGAGAUUGGUAA